AUGUCUGCACUUGGAGUUUGGCUGUCUUCAAACAAUAUUGGAGAUGAUAUCGUGUACCGCCAGAAUAUCAAAAACUAUGCCUCUGAUAUCCACUUUGUUUCUUUAGAAGUGAAAGGGCCAGAUCUAGCGCCAACAGUACGCGAGCUGACCCCGGAGACAAUCAUCGAAUAUGUCGAUUCUGGAAGCGGAACACUAAGAUCACAAGCUCCUCUCGAGCAUCUCUUGACCAACGGCCUUAUUCUUGAUCGCAUGGCACCAUACCUUCAGGCUCCGGACUUGAUGGCCUUGUCGGCAACCUCACGCGAGAUCCAUGCCAUUAUAACUAAGACCCCUUAUGUCUUCCGCCAUCUCGAUCUUACCCGUUGCCGGAGUGCAUCGCUUCGAUCACAAAGAUUAUCAUACUUGCCACGAAUAAAGUCAGAUUCACUGGUGGAUUUUGAUGAUAAUGCAGAUGAGGAAUACUCAGCUCCGAUACGUCACAUAUUUUCAAGUUUAGAGAAACAAUCUAUUCUGCAAGAUAUCCGGACCCUGAUUCUGGAUGGACUUUCCGUGCCCGCCAGGAUCGUGAAAGAUAUUGUUGAAGGCACAAAUGUCAAGAUUCUGUCCAUUCGGCAGUGUCCAGACCUAAGCCAUCACCAGCUUAGGCAAGUUAUUGAGCAUGCUGUUAGACCAGAACGCCCGGAGGGUACUCCAAAAUUAAAGGGAAUAUACUUCUUUUCCAGUCCCAAGAAGAACUCACACGCGCCGAAGCCAAGAAUCCACGACUGGUGGGCAUCUCAGAAAUCUCGCAAUCUUAGAGCUGCUCCAGACUCAUCGAACCGGGAAGCCGAGCGAGGAAAGCAGCAAAAUGAGUGGUAUCGCGCUUCUGGAAAAGUUUUGAGUGGAAUAAGCCGUCCAGCAACCAAAGAGUGGGCAUAUACUCUACAAAAAUGCGAGGGUAUUAUUGCAUUCGAUGCGGUGUUGUGCCGAGGAUUGCGACAUGAUGUCAAUGCCAAUACUACAGGCCCGCCAUUGGAACCUGCAUUGGCUACUGUGGCUCUGGGGCCUGGGGGCUGCGAUGUAUGCCACAGCUCCCCUGAGGGGCCUGAAAUCUGGAGCCCAUCAGCCGGUACCCAGUUUCCAUUGCUGAACCCUGUACCUUUGCAUUUGUCUAGUGUAUUGGUGGCUCAGGAUCCAGAAUUUAUAAAAGGGCAGCAGCCAUGUCUGAAUGCUCGUUGCAUUGAGUGUCUGGAAGGCUGGUGCAGGAAGUGCAAUAAGUGGAUCUGUUCAAGUUGUCUGCCAAACCCCGUCGAAAGUAACACACAAUCAAUAGCUCAUGCGUGUGACAAUUGCAAGGUGGAUACCAUACGUUCUUGCCAAAGCUGUGGAGGCGGGUUUUGCAUGGACCACGAUAUUGGAAGCAACGCUUGCAUGGCCUGCACCAUGGCGGAUGGAAUCCUCGAAUGA